AUGGACCGCGGAAAUAUUGGGAAUGCCAACACCGCAGGCAUGUCCGAAGACCUUGGCCUCACCGAUAACCAAUAUCAAUGGUGUUUGACGGCGCUCUACCUGGGAUACAUCCUUUUCGACUGGCAGACUGUCUUCUACAAGAUCCUACCGGCCCGAUACUACGUCCCCACGGUCAUCAUCAUCUGGGGUGGACUUGCCGGCGCCUGCGGAGCUGCUCAAAACUUUGCGGGCAUGCUGGUCUUGCGGCUCCUGCUAGGCAUCUUUGAGUCGUCAUACAGUCCUGGAUUGGCCUACUUCUUCUCGUUCUUCUACUACCGGAGGGAAAUGGGGCGACGACUCGGCUGGUACGUCUCCAUCGCUCCGCUCGGGGCCUCUUUUGCCGGAGCAUUCGCCUACUUUGUCACCAAACACCAUCAUGCCAUCGCCGGCUGGCGGGCUCUCUUCCUCGUCGAAGGCCUUCCAGCCGUGGCUGUGGGUCUGUUCGGCUACUGGUGGCUCCCCAGCAACCCUCAGGACUGCCAAUUUCUGAACGAGAAGGAGAAGAAGAUUGCUCGGGCCCGCCUGGUGCGCAUGGUCGGCAACGUCGAGCGAAGCAGGAAAGUCAACUUCAAGAACUUCUUCCGCAGCUUGCUCGACCUCAAAAACUGGCUGCCCACGCUCAUGUAUUUCUCCUGCAACAUCGGCUACGCCUCGUUGCCCAUCUACAGCUCGACCAUCUUGCAAGGCAUGGGGUUCACCGCGAUCCACGCACAAGGUCUUUCGGCACCACCGUACCUGUUCGCCUGUCUGGUCGUCCUCGCCAUCGGCCAUCUUUCCGACCACUUCCAACGCCGAGGCAUCUUCCUCGCCAUGUGCAGCGGCACCGGCGCCAUCGGCUACAUCAUCCUCUGCACCGUGGAAAAGGUCGCCGUCAAGUAUUUCGCGCUCUUCCUCGUCGCCGGCGGGCUCUACCCCUGCAUCGGCCUCCUCCUCUCCUGGGUGGCCAACAACAACGGCUCCGACAGCAAACGCGGUGCCGGCUUCAUCCUGAUGAACUUUGUCGGCCAGUGCGGUCCGCUCGUCGGCACGCACAUCUUCCCCAAAUCUGAGGCGCCGCACUACAAGAAGGGCUUCUACAUCAGCUUUGCUUUUUGCUGUUUCGCGGCCACGCUGGCCGUGUGUCAGAUCUUCUGGCUGAAGCAUCUGAACAAGCAGCUGGAUCAGAAGUACGGGCCAGUCCGGGAGAACCGGGACAAUGAGGACGAGAUUGGCGAGGAGACGGACGAUAGUGAGAAUUUCAGAUAUAUUCUCUAG